AUGGACUCCUCCAAGCCCGCCGACCAGCUCAGCAGCUCCCCCACCGGCCGCAGACGCAGCUCCAACACCCUCUUCGCCGGCCUCGUCGACCAGAAGCGCGGCACCCAAGGCCAGGCUCGUCGUCAGAGCCUCCACGACCAGCAGGUCGCACCCGGCAUGUUUGGCAAGAUGUGGCGCAAUUUCACCGCUGGCCCUGCGUCGCCCCCCAAAUAA